CAUUUGUUUACCCGGCAAGAAAAAGAUUACAUGUAAUUUUGAGGAUGAGGAAGAUGAUUAUGUUGAGGAAAUGCCCUCAUUAUCCAUCGGGAUGCGUGAAACAAACAUAAGAUAUGAUCACAAUGAGGAUGAUCUUCCCUUUAUCGCACACCAUAAUGAUGGCAUUGAAGUGUUAACGGAAAAAGCUAAGUGAGGAAUUGUACACACUAUGAGCGACGACGACGGAGAUGAGCCUGGUCAUAAUCAAGAUCCUCAUGGCGGCGGUGGCGGUCAAAGAGACAGCGAGGGGCGAAAAAUAAUUGAAUUUGUUGAUACCGAUGUUGUCAUCGGUGAGUGGGCUGAAGAGUUUAAAUCAUUCUUGGGGAAGAUGGUACGUUCCCGAGUGAGUAUAAACAUUGAUAGUUGGAAGAAAGUUUCAAAAGCGAAUAAAGAUCAAAUCUUUAAAGAGAUACAGCAUGACUAUGCUGUGGAGGAUAAUAUGAAAAAACCAUUAUUGAAAAAGUUGGGCAAAAUGCACCGAGAUUGGAGAAAUCGAUUGCGAUCAGGUUUCAUAAAUAAGACUCGUCAAGUGGGAAAGGAUUGUGGGGAAGCUUUUGAGAAGUAUAAAGACCAACUUACCAAAGAAGAGUGGGAUAGUUUCGUGGCAAAGACUAUGACUCCUGAGUUUGUGGCUUUGAGCGAGAAGAAUAAACAAGCUGCACUUCAGAAUAUCUAUCCUCAUCAUAUGGGUCGUUCAGGAUAUGUUCUUUCCAUACCGAAAUGGAAAGAGCAAGGAUUAUUAGAUCAGUUUCUUACCGGUUCAGAAGUAGAUUCAACGAACUCUAGCACAACCACUUCUGGUGAUAUUCCAAGACAUGUCACUUGGUUUUGUGCAAGGUCUGGAUUAACAGCGGAUGGUCACAUCGUGUUUCCUGGUAAUACUGAGGGCAUGCGCGAGAAAAAAGAGAAGUUGGAUAAACUUCAAGAAGAUGUAGCAGCAGGAACGUGGAAGCCAAGUGGUCGACAUGAUAUAUUGACGGAGGUUGUUGGGAAGCCUGAUUACCCUGGACGUGCACGUGGCGUCGGUGGUGGUGUGGGUUAUACACAUGUCUUUGAUCGAGAGUCGAGAAGCACACAUCGAGAUAAGGUUGGUAAUUUGAGUGAUGUUGACCUAAAGCAGUUGCAAGAGCGUUUGAUGAAAGACAUGCAACAUUACUUUGUUCCAAGAAGUGAAGUGCCUAUCGGGGAUUCAAUGCCUACUUUUGAGGCGGCCCACGUGGAUACUAUGAACUCUGCUGCACCCCAUCUUAAAAAACAUUCAUUGAUGGUGCAUUUUGUAGGCUUGCUGUUGAGUCACACACUUAUCCUGGUGAUAAGAGUUUGGACUUUGUGGCCAUGGCUGUAGCCUACAACACGCCUGUUGGGUCGUUAAUCCAUAAUGUACCGAUGUGUGAAAACACAAUCAAAGUGAACAUAUGUAUGGCAUAUCGAGAGUUUGAAGACUGUCCAUUGCUUUAUCCUAAUGAAGCCGCUGAUAUGAAUGUUGUAGCAGACGCUGUAGGUUCAUUUGUUCAAUGGCCAUCUCAUUUGGUUUUUUUGAGGGAGAGGAACCACCGUCUAAGUCAAAAAAGAAGGAUGGAGCUAAGAAAAAAGUACCCUAUAUCGUGAGAGAUUCACCAAAAGUAACGGUUGAACCCAGCUCACAUUCAUUGGUCAGUGAAACUGUUCUUCAUUCACUUACAGAUGAUCUUUUAAGAUUGCAUGAAAAUCUUGAGUGGUAUGAGCCCGAUCUUUGUAAGUUUUCUAUUCCUCUUCCU